AUGAUGAUUGGAAGUAAAUACUGGGCUAAGCGAGGAAUGUCGUUGGACUCGGGCUUACUGGAAGAACAACGUUUAAACAAUCAGGUAAAUAAAGGAUGGUCCAGUAAACAUGAUGAGAAGAAAGUCAGCAAAGAAAAUGUCAAGGAUGAAACUUCCAGGACCACAAUCCUGUUUGCCUUGAAAAAUGAAGUUGGUGAAUUAGUGAAAGCCCUUCAAAUCUUUCAAGAGAAACACAUCAAUCUAAUUCAUAUAGAGUCUAGAAAGUCAAAGAGGGGAGCUUCAGAAGUUGAGAUCUUUGUGGAUUGCAGCAGCACAAAAGAAGAUUUUAACGAACUGAUUCGGUUACUACGAGCCAACACAAACAUUGUUUCUUUGAAUCCAUUGGCCAGCAACUGGACAGAGGAAGCAGAAUGUGGUGGCGUUCCUUGGUUUCCAAGAAAGAUUUCUGAACUAGAUAAAAGUUCCCAGAGAGUCCUGAUGUAUGGAUCAGAUCUCGAUGCAGAUCACCCAGGCUUUAAAGACAAUGUGUACAGAAGGCGAAGGAAGUACUUUGUGGAUGUUGCCAUGAAUUACAAAAUUGGUCAACCUAUUCCUAGAGUUGAAUACACGGAAGAAGAAAUUAAGACCUGGGGGAAUGUGUUCAGAGAGCUGACAAAACUUUACCCAACUCAUGCAUGUCAAGAGUACCUUAGGAAUUUCCCUCUUCUAACAAAGCACUGUGGCUACAGAGAGGAUAAUAUCCCACAACUGGAAGAUGUUUCUGCAUUUUUGAAAGAGCGUUCAGGCUUUGUAGUCCGACCAGUGGCUGGAUACUUGUCCCCAAGAGAUUUUCUUGCUGGCUUAGCCUUUCGAGUUUUCCAUUGCACUCAGUAUGUUCGCCACAGUUCGGAUCCCUUUUACACGCCAGAACCGGAUACAUGCCAUGAACUGCUGGGACAUGUACCUCUUCUGGCAGACCCAAAUUUUGCGCAGUUUUCACAAGAGCUAGGCCUUGUCUCUCUUGCUGCGACAGAAGAAGAUGUUCAGAAGUUAGCCACUUGCUACUUCUUCACAGUGGAGUUUGGGCUCUGUAAGCAAGACGGACAACUGCGUGCUUACGGUGCAGGACUUCUGUCUUCGAUUGGUGAACUAAAGCACGCACUGUCAGACAAAGCGAUUGUGAAACCAUUUGACCCAAAGACAACCUGCACACAAGAAUGCCUCAUCACCACCUUCCAGGAAGCUUAUUUUUUGUCAGAAAGUUUUGAGGAGGCCAAGGUCAAAAUGAGGGAAUUUUCAAAAUCAGUCAAACGCCCAUAUUCUGUACACUACAACCCAUAUACCCAAAGCAUUGAAAUGCUUAAGGAUACCAGAAGCAUUGAAAGAGUUGUUCAAGACAUCCAAAGUGAUCUCGGCACAGUGCGUGAUGCUUUAUCAAAAAUGAACAAACGCUUAGGAAUUUGACUGUGUACACAUAGAUCUCAUUCUCAUUUUGGUGUACAAGCCGCUUGCAAUAAUGAUACUAAAUACUGUGACGUAACCUGCCUGCAAAACCAUUAAUAACUUACUUGGGUGUUUUAGUAAAAUUUAUGCUGCUCUUGGAUGUGUUCCACAAUCCCAAGACACACAGAUUAUGAUGGAAAACCCAGUCAAUUCUGAGUUAAUUUGACAAUGAAACACACAAAAAACAUAUAUAUCCCAUUGCUUGGAGGAUGAUCUCAUAAUAUCAAAGGUUGUCUCUAGUUUAAACUGAUUUCAUUUGAGAGGGAAUGUGAUAAACUGCAAUCCAUUUCCCUGUGAAAAUUGGUAGAACUAACCAACUGAGCAAUAGUAAUUUAUAGUGGUGUCAGUAAUAACUGAUCUCAUAAAAAGAUGAAGUUAUAAUAGUAUAAAAAUGUCCCCCUCUAUAAUUUCAUUCAGGUUAUUAAACUCAUACCAUUGUAAAAGAACAAACGCCAGGCUGAAGGUAUGAUCAAGCAAUUCAUGGAUUAAUUUUCUCCAUUUCUGGAAUAUGAAUUAUUUUGAAGCAGACUUUAUUAUUAUAUUGAUUUAAUGGUUCCCCACUACAGGCACAGAUAGACUGGGGCAUUGCAGAAUUGCCUUUGCAAACCUCACUAGUAUGCUAAAUCAAUCUUUUUGUUGCAAAAGCAAAAUCCUGCAAAUGCUGAAAAUCUGACAUAAAAACAAAUAAGUGCUGGAAAUAGUCAGCAGGUCUGGCA